GCCACCUCCGGCGUCGUCUUCCUCUCGCGCCACAGCGCCGCCGGCAUCUUCCUAAACUUUCCCCAGCGCCAUCCCGCUCCCCGCCACCCUGUAUCCUCUCGGAUCUCGCCUGCAACGACGCAAAUGCUCGGAGGUCAAAGAUCGCAUUUUCACGAGCCGGCGACGAGCUGCUGGGAGAGGACGCGCUAGAUUUGCGUGCGCGAUUUGCUGCUGGAAAAGGGGGCGCUGGAUCUGCGUGCUCCGGCGACGAUUUGGCUGGGUUCGCCGAUCACCGUGAGAGAUGGCUGGGUUUGCGGAUCACCGUGAGAGAUGGCGGUCUGGAUUGCUCAUGCCACCGCCGGUGGCCACCGACGUCGGCCGCUCCCAAUCCUCCACGGACGGUUGCUACUCUUGCUCCACUCUCCCCGCCUCCGCCUCGAUUGACUUCGGGAUGUUUGAUAAGCACGGGUUCAUCUCCCCCAUUGGGGAAUCUGCGCCUGCUGCCACUGGGGAACCGUCCUCCUCG